GUUGACGUGUGGUGCUGUAUAAGAGCAUGCGCUGAGGGUCAACGUCAUUUGCAGGUUGAAACUGUGCAAUGAAGAUCCUGGUAAUUCUUUCCACGUUGAUGGUCCUCUCGACUGCCUUCGGGCAGAAGGAGGAUGUCUGGUGCAAGUGCGCGCUAAUGGUGGACAGCGACCCGAUGCUCUAUAUGGUGUACGACCUCGGCGAAGCGUUCAUCGAGGCCUGCAGUGAGCACGACAGGUGCAAGAACCGCUGUCACGACAAAAUCAGAGCUGACACAAACGAAAUGGACUUGUGGUCUCAUGACGAAAAUGGACACACAAUUGGCUCAAGUAUAUGCCAGUAUCUUUUCACGUCUUAUAAUAUCGAUCAGUUUAACAACAAAUACGUUCACGGCUAUUACCAGAUAUGUGGCGGACCUUGGGAAUACACGCUCCAGGAUUCCCAACAGAUGCUUUGCUGUAACAUGGGCAUACAUGAGCAUUGCAUUAACAGGAUUUAAAGCUAACGUUGCAUUAUUAUUGUGGAUUUCUAUUGUUAUUAUUUAUUAUGUUUUUUUUUUAUUUUUUUUUAUUAGCAUUUUUAAUCUUUAUUAUUUUUUAGCAUUGUUAUUUUAUCCUUUAAAACGAGUGUGUGUUUUUGUGAUUAUUUUAUAAAAGUUUACUUAAAGAUCAAAAGAGUUUCUUUUAUUCACAUAUUCACAUUCACAUAUAUAAGAACAUAUUUAGCAACAUGUUUUCCAUAUCUUUGGUAUUGAAAGAAUGCCUCUCCGUUCUAAUUAACGUAUUUCGGUUUAUGUAGAUACAAAAAAAUAGCAAAACAAAUGUUUUUGUCGUUGUUUGUUUAUUGAAAGAAGUAACACUGAUUAUUCUUAUGAUCGAGAAAUAUAUUCUGUUUGUACGAUUAUUUGAAUCGUGGGUGCUUUAAUGCAGAUAUUCACAAGAACUCAAUUACAGAUACCGUAUUUGA